CAAAACAGUAUUCAUUUAGCAUUGAAAUCAGAACAAUGCUUUGCUGUAAUAAAAACAAAAGGUAAAACAAAAGAAGAAAAAGAGAUACAAAAAAAAAAAAACAAUGAAUUUCUGGCUAUUGACUUUCAUGGUAAUGGUGGGCGUAUUACGGACAAGGUCCAUUGAUGCGGCACCGUACAACUAUGGAUUUGCCCUUAACCAAAAAUACUCUGCUAUUAUUGAGGGUUCAAUGGAUAUAGGAGCCGAUCCCUGUGACGAUUUCUAUCAAUAUGCCUGUGGCAAAUGGGAGGAAUAUCAUGAGAAAAUCUAUAAUGGCCGGAACCAGAUGUUGUCGAUGACCGACUAUGAGGUGAAUAAGGAAUUGGCACAGCUGUUGAAUACAAUGAGCCUCAGGCGCCAACCGAUGUUUGUCAAGAAGGUACAUGCCUUCUACAAAUCUUGCAUAAGGGUGCAACAGUUUGAUCAUUUCUCAUAUGUGGAUUGGAUGAAGGCCAAGGAAAAUAUUAAACUGCCGAAGUUGUGGACUGGGCGCAGUAGCCGUUCCCACUACGACUGGGUCCAGACAUUGGCCGUAAUGAGAAGGUAUGGCCUCAAUGGCAUUUUCAUUGAAGAAAUGAUGAUUCAUCGCCGGGAUGAUAAUACCAAGACAAUCAUUGAUCUGGAUAAGCCGGUGGAGGGCAUGGGAUUUGUACCGCUGACCUAUGAAAAUUUACAAGAUUUACUCCGAUACCUGGAUAUGCCGAGCAAUGUAAAGACUUUUGAAAAGUUGUGGCAGGAAAUUAGCGAAUUUGAGCAGCGUUUGGAAGAGCUACAGGCAAUCGAAGACGAAGAGGGUACGAAGCUCGUAAAGGUCAAAGAUUUACCUCUACCCUGGCUGAACAGAUAUCUGGCAACGGUGUUUGACUACACGCUGCUGGAUCCCAAUAUGGAGGUGUAUGUACAAAAUUUGGAAUAUAUGCAACAGCUGUAUGAUCUGUUGAAAAAGUAUAGCCAUCAUUUUGUGAGUCGCUAUUUGGAGGUACGAUUCCUGUGGCAUUUACAGCAAAAAGGUCCAAGGAAAUUUGAACCCAUAGAGUGUGUGGACACGUUGCGGAAUGUAAUGCCGCUGGCAAUGCAUUGGUUGUAUCGACAACAACAUCCGGAAAUUCCAGAAUAUUCCGAAGGCAUACAAGACAUGUUCGGUGAUAUUGUGCAACAGUUCAAACAGACCCUGAACGAGAAUCCUCUGCAAUUUAAUGCCAGCCUUUUGGAGUAUCUAACAGAAAAAUUAAAUAAUAUUCAAUUGAAAAUUGGAAAUCUGCCACAGCACGAUUCGAAAAUGAUAUUGGAAUAUUUCUAUGAUGAUUUAAUUUUAAGUCCCAUUGAUUUCUAUGGUAAUCAUUUGAAGCUGCUUAAUUCUCAGUUCAAGGCAGCCCACUCCAGCCAUCCCAAUACUCUGACAAGGAAUAUAAGUCAAUUUUUCAAUUUGGAAACCUAUGGAGAGGGUAGUAGUUCCUCGCCCUACUUCCUUACUCGGUCCAACAUUAUCAUCGUACCCUUUACAACGCUACGUUUGCCGCUCUAUCAUCCGCAAUAUGAGAAUAUUUAUAAGUACAGUUCUCUUGGCAGCACUUUGGCCCAUGAAAUAUUUCAUGGCUUCGAUCGUAUGGGCCUCUCCGUUGAUUACCGGGGUAGAAUGAAUGCCUGGCAAUUUAAUACCGCCCUGGCCACACCCAAAUUUGCCGGCAAUUAUAAUUGUGUACGGGAACUCUACCCGGAUGUGGUGGAUGAGAAAAUUGCCGAUAUAAGUGGUCUACGUUAUGCGUACAGUACUUUCUUCCAAUUGUUUCCCAAUGCCACCGAAGAUACGAAACGUCUUCGCGGUCAACAAAUGUCGCUGAAGAAAAUAUUUUUCUUAAAUUUUGCUCAACUAUUUUGUGAUCCAAAUAUUUCGGAUUUGGAGCAUGGUGAUGUGAGUGAUCGCAUUAAUGAUGCCCUCGCACAUUUCUCGGAGUUUUCCAAGACGUUCCACUGCUCGCGGCAGAGUCGUAUGCUGCCCGCCGCAAGGUGUCAGGUGUGGUGAAAGAGUCUCCUAUGAAUAUGAAUUUCAAAGAGGAAGAGGAAACUAUUUGUAUUAUUGUAAUUGUAAGCUUAUAUUUAAUAAAAAUAAAUAAAUAAUAUGUAAUAUUAUUAAAAUAAAUAAUUAUUAAAUUAAUAGAAACAGGAAA